CCUUAUCAGGAAUGUUUCCUUCUCGCGUCCCGUUUCGAAGCCCCUUCUUCUUCUUCUUCUUCUUCUUCUUCUUCUCUGCGCCUUCUCGGCCAUGGCGGCACGCCUUGCGGACCUUUGCAAUGGCGAGAGGGUCGUCGUCUUCCUCUUUGUCUUCAGCGUCCUCUUCUCCACCCCCUCUUCCCUCGCGCCGGAAGCCGCGGCUCUUCUCAUCCUCUCCUUCGCCGCUCUCCUGACGGAGAUCUCCACCGAGGGCUCACGCAACCUCUCCCAAUUCAAAACUAGGCUUGGUGCUUCAUCUGGAAUAUUUCUUGGGUCAGUUACAAUGCCUGCAGCAAUGCUAUCACGGUUGAUACUGCUAACAAGAGCAAUACCACAACAUCAUGUUGGAUCUGAAGAUAUUUCCUAUAUGAGCAUGUUGUAUUGGGCUGUGUCUGCAUGCAGCUUUGGUGUGUUAAUAUUGUGUUUGACGCUACAAAACCCACCCGGUGAUACUAGUUCACGAUUAGGGGGAGUUCCGGCCUCUAUAUAUUCCUUAUUCUGCACAAUAUUUUAUAUGUGUUCAUGCUACUUGUCGCUGUCUGCAAAAUCAUAUGCUGCUUGGCAUGCAACAAUGAAUUUGUUGUGGUAUCUCUGCCAUGGAAUUGCUACUGUAACACUAAUCCGUCAUAUUCUUCAUAAAUUUCCUUAUUGUGCUUCCAUAGGGGAAGCACUCUUGGUAACUAGUGGUCUGGUUCUUUACGCUGGUGAUAUGUUGGCACUUUCCCUUUCAAAGAUUCUGUCAUCCUUAUUGUUCAUGGAACAUGCUUUUGUUGAAUAUGGAACUAAAAGUGAAAUUCACAUGGUUUUGCAGGGAAUGUUACUUGGGCUUCUCCUUUUCCCUUCAUUUUACAAAUCUGUCCUUUACAUUAGAUGUCUUCUAACAAGUUCAAACAAGUCUGGAGCUCAGCUAGGGAGAGGAUGGGCAUAUGUAGGGAUCAGCAGAUCUAUGCUAUUUUACUUUUCUCUGUUAGCCAUGUUGAUUUUGAUUGUUCCGGCAUGGAUGAUGUUUGCUGAGGACUUUCAUAUCCAUCCUUUGCAGUGGGUGGUCAUCUUUGUGUUCACUGAACCCCUUAAGCGAACAACAUUAUGUAUUUACUGGAUAUCUGUGAUUUGUGCAUCUGUUUUCCGCUUCUACAAUAUUUCAAAACAAAGCAAGAUAGAGAGAAUUCUUCUUCGGAAGUAUUACCAUCUGGUGGCUGUGCUUAUGUUUGUGCCUGCUAUCCUUUUUGAGCCAACUUUUCUGGAUCUCGCAUUUGGUGCUGCUUUGGCAGUUUUCUUGAUAUUGGAAAUGAUUCGAGUUUGGGAAAUCUGGCCUUUAGGUCAUAUUGUACAUAAAUUCAUGAAUGCUUUUACUGAUCACCGUGACUCAGAGAUUCUUGUCAUCAGUCAUUUUUCUCUUCUACUGGGUUGUGCCCUUCCAAAAUGGAUGAGCUCUGGAUAUAAUGAUAGGCCGUUGGUUCCUUUUGCUGGUAUCUUAAGCUUAGGAAUUGGGGACACAAUGGCUUCUAUGGUUGGCCACAAGUAUGGUGUUCUCAGGUGGAGUAAAACUGGCAAGAAAACUAUCGAAGGUACAGUUGCUGGCAUAGCUUCUGUCUUGGUGGCAUGUUUUAUUCUCCUACAUCUUGCAUCCACUGGCUAUAUACUCUCCCAGCACUGGGUGCCAUUGCUUCUGGCAGUAACAUUGAGUGGCUUAUUGGAGGCGUAUACUGCACAGCUUGAUAAUGCCUUUAUUCCCCUUGUAUUCUACAGCCUUCUCUGCCUGUAAAAUGUCAAACACGUUAAUAUUGAAGGAUUUUUGAUGCAUUGAAGCUUGAAAGUUGAGGAUCAAUGCAGGAAGCUCUUCUCAGAGGAUUGUGAACAAAGGUAUGACCAUAUGAGCUCUAGUAACCCCAAUUUUUAUGGAGAUGCGUGCUGGUUAGUGCUUAAGCCUUAAGCUUGGUCUGUUGUGUAGUAAUAUGAGGGCAAUCCUCUCUUAAGGACGUCAAUGGUAAUGGUAAUGGUCAUGAUGCCAUGACGAUGGUGAGGAUGGUAGUAUGAGUUUAGUGAACACUUGUUAGCAAAUAGUUGCAAAUCGGUUCUACUUUUCAUACCAUCUUGCAUGCCGUUGUUCAUUCAUUAUGAUAAAAUGCUCAUCACCAGCUCAUUUCCAUUGAUGUAUUGGUUUCUUUUCAAGAUGAGCUUGGAUCAUAACAUAGCCAUAUUUGAUUGUAGUCAAAGACCAUUUAGUGCCUGCUGAAAAUUUUGCACGACUUUUAGAGUUUUUAUCAGGUGGUUAACUCUAUUUUGUUCCACCAAUAUUCAUCGUUUCAUUCUUGGCAAAAUUUUUAAAUUAACGUGAUGGAUAGAUUGGUCACCGAACUCGAGUAUUGUCAGGGCAAUGAUCUAGUUAAUAUGCUAUUUCAAUUUUAUUGGCAUUUAAAUUUAGGGUCUGUAGUAGUUUUAAAUCUAUUUAGUUUAAUGGACACAUGAAUAUGAACUUCAUUCUUACUCUGUGUUUGACAAAGAGUGCAAAUUGUUGAGUUGAUCAAGUCAGCUAACUGAUAUUAGUGGUUCUGUUUCAAACACCUAUAUUAACUUUUUGUUUUGUUUUGGUGGUUGAGUCUUCUUUUGCUACUAAAUAAUAAUUUUAAAAAAAAUAAAGAAAUAAAGUGCUGUGCUACAUUAAUUAGGUUCAACAAGGCAUGAAAUCUAGAAUGUUGUGGCCUUUAAUAGAAUCAGAAUAAUCACUUGCAUGGUUAAACUAGGACAAGGCCUAUUUAUUAACCACCAUUAUAGCCCAUUUAGAAGAUAUGAAGGGGUUGACUGGUAUUGAAUGUAGACACUAACCUGCCAAGCAAGCUAAAGGCUAAGCUCCACAUAAAACAACAGGCAACAACCACAAGCAAGACAAGACACAAUUAGGCAAAAGAAAAACCACUCCCAACUUCAAAGAAUUAAAAAUACAUAGAGAACCAGACAUCAGAGGAAUAAUAAUCACCAAUUAUUCACAAGGGAACAUGAGUCCUCAUAUCUUUCUCUUAUGCUAAAUAUCCUAGUUAAACAAGGAGAAGCACUUAUUGUGCUAGUCUGAAACAACCUUUUUCAAGACUCAUAUAGCACAUUACUCAUUUAGGAACAUUCUGUAGUGAGAAAUCUCUCUAUAUAUACGCACACACACAUUUGAAAGUGAGGGAGUUAAGAUUUAAUCAAAUGGCUAAGGCUAAGUCAGUGAAGAAGCUGAAAGAUGCAAUGCAAGCAUUGCAGAAGAGCUUGUCAUUCUCCCGGGGGAGGUCGGGGGCACAGCCGGAUGAAUGCAUGUCGGAGGAUGAGAUUGUGGUGGUGCCAGAGGAUGUGAAGGAGGGGCACUUUGCCGUGUUGGCAGUGCAUGGAGAGAGGCCGCCGAAGAGGUACGUGGUGUCUCUCCGGUGUCUCUCGCACCCGGUUUUCUUGCGGUUGCUUGAGAUGGCCAGCGAAGAGUUCGGAUUCAGCCAGGCUGGAGCUAUUGCUGUGCCUUGUAGGCCUUGUGAACUUGAGAGAAUAAUUAGUGAUCUCUGAAUGUACUACUCCUAAUUGCUUUAUAUCUAAGGGAAGUAGCUAAUGCUUGUGUUUAUGGUUUACUAAUUUUGAUUAGUUAUGAAUAAAAUCUUGUUCAUUGUGUUGCUAAUUUUGCAACAGGCAAAAUUUUAAUAUAAACAUCCAAAGUGUUGUUGUUGGCUUUUC